AUGUCAGUGAAUCAGCAAGAUCUAGAUCCAGACAGUACUACAGAUAUGGAAGAUGUUACAAAUGCUGAAGAAGAACUUAUUAAAGAAUGUGAAGAAAUGUGGAAAGAUAUGGAAGAAUGUCAGAAAAAAUUAUCACUUGUUGGAACUGAGACACUCACUGAUUCAAAUGCUCAGCUGUCAUUAUUAAUUAUGCAAGCGAAAUGUUUGACUGCUGAACUCAAUCAAUGGCAGAAAGAAAGUCCUGGAAUAAUUCCACUGAAUGAAGAAGUUCUUGUAACAUUAGGAAAGGAAGAGUUCCAAAAAUUGAGACAUGAUCUUGAAUUGGUACUCUCUACUAUGCAGUCAAAGAAUGAAAAGCUAAAGGAAGACUUGGAAAGGGAGCAACAGUGGUUGGAUGAACAACAACAGAUACUGGAAUCUCUUAAUGUACUACACAAUGAAUUGAAACAUCAGGUUGUGACAUUUUCUGAAUCAAGAAUCUUUGAUGAGCUGAAAACUAAAAUGCAUGAUAUAAAAGAAUAUAAGGAGAAACUCUUGAUUACCUUGGGUGAGUUUCUGGAAGAUCAUUUUCCUCUGCCUGAUAGAAAUGUGAAAAAGAAAAAGAAAAAGAAAAACUUUCAAGAAUCAACUGCACAGCUGAUAACACUGCAUGAAAUGUUAGAGAUUCUUUUAAAUAGAUUAUUUGAUGUUCCACAUGAUCCAUAUGUCAAAAUUAGUGAUUCUUUUUGGCCACCUUAUAUUGAGCUGCUCCUUCGUAAUGGAAUUGCCUUGAGACAUCCAGAAGAUCCGACCCGAAUAAGAUUAGAAGCCUUCCAUCAGUAA